ACUGAAGUACCUGGUACCUGGUCAAUGCGGACUCAACUCUGCGACCAACCAAUUUCGCUGUAGCGAUUAAUAUAAAAAAAAAAAAUACAAAUAAUGUCGAAAGACGAUAAAGAUAAAGUACAAAUUAUUGACAAAGACUUGGAUCUUUCCAAUGCUGGACGUGGCGUGUGGCUGGUGAAAGUGCCCAAAUACAUUGCACAGAAAUGGGAGAAGGCUCCCUCGAAUAUGGACGUGGGCAAGCUGCGCAUCAGCAAGACGCCGGGACAAAAGGCCCAGGUGUCACUCUCGCUCACACCAGCCGUGCUGGCCCUCGAUCCGGAUGAGAAGAUUCCAACUGAGCAUGUUCUUGACGUGUCGCAGGUGACGAAGCAAACGUUAGGGGUAUUCUCGCACAUGGCUCCAGAGGCGGCGGCCAACAUUGGCAAGGAGAACUCCACAGCACCCGGGGCCACGCCGGACAACGAGAAACUUUAUAUGGAGGGCCGCAUAGUCCAGAAGCUGGAGUGCCGCCCCAUAGCAGACACAUGUUAUAUGAAGCUGAAGCUGGACUCCAUUCGCAAGGCGUCGGAGCCCCAGCGCAGGGUGCAGCCCAUCGAUAAGAUUGUCCAGAACUUCAAGCCAGUCAAGGAUCAUGCUCAUAAUAUCGAGUACCGGGAGCGUAAGAAGGCGGAGGGCAAGAAGGCUCGUGACGACAAGAAUUCCGUGAUGGACAUGCUCUUCCAUGCCUUCGAGAAGCAUCAGUACUACAACAUUAAGGAUCUGGUCAAGAUCACCAAUCAACCCAUCAGUUAUCUGAAGGAAAUUCUCAAGGAUGUCUGCGACUACAACAUGAAAAAUCCGCACAAAAACAUGUGGGAGCUCAAAAAAGGAGUAUCGCCACUACAAGACUGAGGAGAAAAAGGACGAGGAGGAGCACAAGUCGGGCAGCAGCGAUUCGGAAUAACAUUUCAUUCCAUUUCACACUCGAAUCGAAUGCCAUUUAUUCUUUGGUUGUUUGUACACCGUCGUGGGGGUGAUCUUUUAGUACCUAUCCAACAAUUUCAUUAAAAAAACAUACAU